AUGUGUGUCGUGGAUGAGUCGCAAGUCCAUGAGGUAGGUGAUGGGGGAUAUGAGCACAAUUGCCAAGCCCGGAACGAGCCGAGAACACGUGCUCUACCUUAUCUUCCAAAAACUCUGGCCUCUUCACAAGCUCUGUCAACGCAACCAUAUCCUCUGCAGGACGAUCGUAACAUGGCCGAACGACCCUUCAUCACGUGUCAUGUCCUCGACACCAUCAUUGGAAAGCCUGGCGUAGGCAUCGAAUGCGCACUUGAGGCCAUCGACUACGCUGCUGGCGCUACUCCGCCAACCUGGAAGGCGAUGACCAACAACGAUGGUCGUGUCGCAGCGUGGGACAACCUCAGUGGAGGACUCAACGAGUACAUCGCCGAAAGGAAGUCCAAACUGGCAGAAGGCGAACACGUUGUGCUCAGACUUCGAUUCUUUACUGGAAGCUAUUUCGGGUACGACAAGACGUUCUACCCUGAGGUGGCCAUCACGUUCUCUGUGAAGAAGGAAGAAGAGCACUACCACUUGCCUCUAUUGCUUGGACCGUGGAGUUACACGACGUACCGGGGGUCGUAG